AAAUUCAGAUUAUAUGUCUAUAUAAUUCAUUUUUCUUUUAUAUAUUAAGUUCAUAUUAGUACAUCAGCCCUUGAUGAAAGCUGGAAGCUUCCUAUUGGAUUGUAAUUCUGAAAAGGCAUUGCUGUAGGGUUAACCAAAGUAACAAGGUUCAAGCAUUCAUUACAUACAUAUUUUUAGAACACCUACUUCAUGCCAAGGCCCAUGCCGGGUGCUGAGGACAGAACAGGCAGAUGUCAUCCCUGCCUGGUCUUGUGGCUUUCUUGUGACCUGCUUUGAUAAAGGUUCACACCAGCCCUGUGUAGGCUUUCUUUCUCCAAGCAGUUGUAUUUUUCAGAUUGAAAUAAUGCACUUUGCAGUAGACACCUGUCAGGCUUGUGGCUGCCUGGAACCUUUUGAAUACUCAUCCUAGACCUGGAGAUUUUCCCUACAAUUCCUGCCUCCCUAAGGCAGAAUCCAGAGCUCAGUUUCCCAACCCCUCCUGCAGCUGGGGCACCUAGGGGUUGCCAGUUGGUGCAAUCACAUAAUUCUUUUUCGGAAAAGAGCGACCCAGGAUACAGGUUACAUGAAUCAUCCGUUUUCAAGAGGGGAUGAGACUGGAAGAUUCUGGCUUUCCAGGGCAGCCUUAAUGAAGCUUUUGGCAUCCAGGCUCCAGCAGUGUGAGCUGUGGGGGUGUCACUGCAGCUGGCCAAUGGAAUGACUUGUUUCUGACUGUGGAGACUGUAGGCCUCUCUGGCUAUACCAGACAUAGUGAGCUACCUAAGAUUCUCAAUUACCUAUCUUUUAAAACUAGUGAGAGUGAGUUCUGUUCUUUGCAAAGAACUGUGACUAAUACAUAUACUGAACUACUGUUACCUGACAAAAUCCAGGUUGACACAUUCCUACCUUACAUAAACUUCAUAAAAAUCAUGUAAGGGCCGGGUGCGGUGGCUCAUGCCUGUAAUCCCAGCACUGCGGGAGGAUCACCUGAGCUCAAGAGUUCCACACCAGGACAAUUUUUCCAGGACAAUUCCAAAUACACUGUCCCUAGGCCCCCCAUAAACAUUUAUACUUAGUAGAUCACAUGUUGUAAUCAAUCUUUGCUUUAGAAAAUGUGGUCACAGUAUGCAGCAUUCCAGGAAGAGGUCACAAGAGAAACUGACCCUGAGUCAUGCCUUCACCUCCUUCACCACCAACAGCUGAGAUACGUCUGGACACAACAGCUAAGAUACCAGCUUGGACAAUAUAGUGAGAUCCCCCCGCCUCCAUUAUUUAAAAAAUCUUUUCAGGUACGAAUUAUACAUUUUACAGCUGAAAAAACUGAGACUCAAAAAGACACUUAAUUCAUUCUACAAAUAUUUAUUAAAGCCCAACCGUGUGCCAGCCACCAGGCAUAGAAUAGGGAACAAAAUAGUUUCCCUGCAACUAUAUAAAAAGAAUGGCAUAUUGUACUUUAAAUGCCCCUUUGCCAAAAUAAGAGGCACAGGACAACAGCUGUCUGGAGACGAUCUCAAGCUAGUCAGGACCCAUUUUAAAUAUAGAAACCCCUAAAAAUAGCCGCUCAUGCUCCAGACUCAACAGGUGAUUGGCCCACAGAGGGGAGGAGACCCCAGGCCACGGUAAAGGGAGUGAGGACAGCGCUGGUUCCCAGCUCCCCGCACCGCCAUGGCUCUGCCUCUGAGGCCCCUGACCCGGGGCUUGGCCAGCGCUGCCAAAGGAGGCGACGAAGGGGCAGCAGCUCGCACCUGGCGCCUGCUCUCCUUCGUGCUGGCGCUGCCCAGCGUGGCCCUCUGCACCCUCAACGCCUAUCUCCACUCAGGCCACCGCCCGCGCCCCGAGUUCCGUCCCUACCAGCACCUCCGCAUCCGCACCAAGCCCUUCCCCUGGGGGGACGGUAACCACACUCUGUUCCACAACAGCCACGUCAACCCUCUGCCCACUGGCUACGAACACCCCUGAGGCCCCGGACGCUCCCAGGCGCAAUAAAGGUGUGAAGCUUCG